GUCCGCAUUCCAAAUGAUGCAAGUUCUUCAAAAUACAUAAGACCCGGAUCUAGUGUUUCCAUUCCUAGAUGGAGAAUUAGUUCCCUCACCAAAAACCCUAAGAUCGGAUCGCGUUUGAACAUUCUUGUAGAAACAACGUUCGAUCUCGAACAAUGUUACUGUGUUGCAAUAUCUAAAGGAAAGAUAGUAAAGAAUGUUGCCAUAGAUAUGAUUAAUAAUGAAGGCAUCUUGAGCUUCAUUCCCGACUUCACUUAUGCACCAACUACCAGAUUUGUUUUCUUCUACUAUGAAGAGAAUCAAAAUAUUAAAUCAAUUGAUUAUUCAAUUUCUUUUGAGGACUCAAUACCAAAUUAUCUCGACCUGGAAUUAUCAUCUACAAAUGUUAAACCUGGAACUAGCUUGAAACUUAACAUUGAAAGUGCUCGAGGAUCAAAAGUUUCAUUGAUGGCAAUGGAUCAACGCAUUCUUCUACUUCAGACUGGAAACGACUUAGAAAAUACGGAUGUCACCAAUAGUUUAUCUCCAUACAAUAGACGUCUUCGUAUAAAUUCUUACUACCGAUCGAAUGAAUACAGAUUUGAACUGUCAAAUCUAUUUCUAAUGGAAUUCAAACUUUUAUCUGAAAGGCGAAGCGAAGAAACUCCAGAAGAAUCUUCGACUGAAACACCGGAAGAUUCUUCAACUGAAACGCCACAAGAAUUUUCUGGAGAAAUUCCGGAAGAGUCUUCUAGUGAAAUACCUGAAGAUUCUUCUAGUGAAACGCCAGAAGAUUCUUCGAGUGAAACGCCGGAAGAGUCUUCGGGUGAAACGCCAGAAGAUUCUUCUGGUAACGGUGGAUCAGAAAGGGCUGCUUCACCAAGAGUUCGAAGAGACUUCAAUGAAACAUUCUUAUGGGAUACUGUUGUUGUUAGUGAAGCGAAAAGAGAUGCUGAAAGUAGUUCCAGAAGGUUUCAAGGGGAAACUGAACUGGAGUUCGUUCCCCCUGAUACAAUUACAAGUUAUGUGAUAUCUGGUGUAUCCAUGCAUAGAAGAUUUGGUUUAGGUCUUCCUAUUGCGAAACCGGAGCUAACAGUUUUUAUGCCAUUUUUCAUACUUCUUAACCUUCCUCAUCAUAUCAAACGUGGGGAGAUUUUAGAGCAAGACAUUUUUAUAUUUAACUACUUGACAAAAGGGCAAUGUGUAGUAGUUACCGUUAAAAGAGAUGAUGCUGCUUUUGCUGUUGAAAAUCCUGAAUUUGACGGAUGGGAAGUUGAAUCUGACAUGUACUGGCAACAAAUACGUUCCGAACCAAAUGUUCCAGUGAAGUUACGAUUAGUUAUUCGGCCAGUUGUGCUAGGAUACAUCAACCUUGUUGUCGAGGCUGUAGGUUAUUGGGCUGGUGAUAAAGUUUUGAAAACACUGAAUGUAGUGCCAGAAGGUAUCUUGAAUUCAAUCACAAAGUCAGUCUUGAUAAUGAAGGAACAGUCAACUUCAACCAUGAACCUUGAAGCAUCGUUAACUUGUGCACUACCUACAUCAGCUGUCGAAGAUACUACUUCAACAGCAGCCUUUGUUGUAGGUGAUCUCAUGGGAGAUGCCUUAAACAAUUUGGAAAGAUUGAUAAGACAAUCUUAUGGAUGUGGGGAACAGAAUAUGAUCAACUUUGUUCCGAAUAUUAUGGCUCUAAUCUAUUUGGAUGCUACUGAACAACUAACUGAGAGAAUACGAUCGAAUGCAAUACGUUAUGCGGAAGAUGGGUAUCAAAGACAACUUCGUUAUCGAAGAUUUGAAAGUGGAUCAUUCUCAGGUUUCGGAAAUGGAGAUAGAAGUGGAAGUACUUGGCUGACUGCUUAUGUAGUGAAAUCAUUUUUGGAAGCAAAAGAUUACAUCACGAUUGAUAGUAUUGUUAUUACCCAAGCGUUCACUUUCUUAGUUUCGAAACAAAACGGAGAUGGAAGUUUUAGAGAGGAUGGUAGAGUGUUUAAUAAAAACUUGCAAGGCGGAUCUAGUGGAAAACUCACAAUGACAGCAUAUAUUUCCAUUAUUCUAUCAGAAAAUAUCGCUAAAUAUCCUUCGUACAUCUCGGCACGAAAAAGAUCAUUAAAUUAUAUCAAAAAUUACAUUAAUGACAAUAUUGAUACAAUGGAUGCAUACUCAUUGGCUAUUUGCAGUUAUGCAUUGCUCUUGGAAGGGGAAGAUUCGCAUGAGAUAUCUUAUCAAAAACUUUUAACUAAAAAAACUGAAACUGGUGAUCAUUUGUAUUGGACUGAAUCUUCAACAAUUCCUGAAAACGAUAAACCUUGGUGGUGGUACCAACAGCCUCGUUCAAACGAUAUUGAAAUGACAGCUUAUGCUUUGCUUCUUAUCCAGCGUAUUGACAUAGCUAAGGCUGUAAAAAUUGCUGCAUAUCUGACUUCACAAAAGAACUCUUAUGGAGGAUACGGAUCAAGUCAAGAUACUGUUGUUGCAUUGGGUGCUUUAGCUGAGUUUGCUGCUAGAGUGAAGGGAGAAGCUGCUUCAAUGAAUCUUCAAUUGACACCUGAUCGCGGUUCAGAGUUCAAUGUUGAAAAAGAUCCAGAUGAUAAACUGAAUCGUCAAUCAUUCACAUUGGAUAAAUUUGCAAGAAAAUUGGAUGUUUUCACACUCGAAGGUUCAAGAGGAGUAGCACUAACUCCAGAAGAUAGUUCAGUGGAGACUCCAACAGACAGUUCAGUUGAGACCACAGAAGACAGUUCAGUAGAGACACCUGAAGACAGUUCAGUGGAGACUCCAACAGACAGUUCAGUGGAGACACCAGAAGACAAUUCAUUAGAGACACCAGAAGACAGUUCAUUAGAGACUCCAGAAGACAGUUCAGUAGAGACACCUGAAGGUUCACAAGGGGAACAACCAACACCUGAAGAAACCUUAGAAACACCAGAAGAAUUUAGAUCUAUCACUCCUCAAUCUUCGGAAGAAUCAACUGCUGACAUUCCAGAAGAAGGGAGUGUUGAAACUACUGCCGAGGAAUUUCCAGAAGAUAAUGCUUCUGAAACUGAGUCAGCAACUAAUAAAAGUGGACCUUAUUACUAUUAUUUCAGUAAUAUUACCAACAGUGUUAUCAACAUUUUUCAAAACCAAGUUGCUUUUUCUGAAUCUACAAAUCCCGCAUCAAUUUAA